UUCACAUUAAUUUAUCCGCUUUUGUGUUCAUCAUCUUCACGAAGUGAAUAAUAAUAAUAUUAAUAAUAAACAACGAUUAUUUAAAUAGUGAGUGGCAAAAGCGUAACUAAACGAAUUUUUAUCGUGGUAAAUUUCCUUGGUGAACAUGCGUGUCUUAUUUCGAGAAAGCUACGGAAAUGAGAAAGAAACGAUUUAUGUAAAAUCAGAAGAUGGCGUGAACGAGAUGAGAUUUAACUCAACCGAAACGCAACCCAUUUGUUCCCGGAUAGUAUCCAUCGUUAAAGAUAUAUUUCUGCCGCAAGGAUACCCAGAUAGUGUGCAUUCCGAUUACACAGCAUAUCAGAUAUGGGAUACAGUGCAAGCUUCUGCGAGUACUAUAAUGAACACACUUGCAACCCAUUCUAUAAUGAUAGGAAUAGGAGUUGGAGAGUCAAACGCUACUCCUUUGGCAGCAGCAAUAACAUGGGUUUUAAAAAAUGGUGCAGGAAUGGUCGGUAGUAUAACGUUUGCAUGGUGGAAUGGAACCAAACUAGAUGGGCAAUGCAAAAAAUGGAGGCUCUUUGCUGAUAUUCUGAAUGACAUGGCAGCAGGAUAUUUCUCAUCAUAUUCCGUUAUAAUUCUGUGCAUUUCUACCAUUAUAAAGUCUCUUGUCGGUGUUGCUGGUGGAGCUACAAGAGUAGCACUGACUCAACACCAGGCAAUAAAAAAUAAUUUGGCUGAUGUCGCUGCAAAAGAUGGGAGUCAAGAGAUGUGUGUAAAUCUAAUCGCAUCAUUCAUUGGAGUCUUUAUAUUGUCUUUGUUCCAUGAUGGACAAUACUUAAUAGAAUUGUAUCUCUUCCUGGUGGCAGUCCAUCUCUAUGCGAAUUAUUCGGCGGUUAAAGUGCUGUGUUUAGAUACACUCAAUGAAGAUCGUCUGGCCUUAAUCAUCAAAAAUUAUAUGAUAAACGAGCAAAUUCCUGAACCAAAAAGAUUAAAUAAAGAAGAAUCGGUAUUUUUAUUUGGCAAUCCUACCAAAAGCAUAUGUGGGUUCGAUAUUAAAAUUGGGGUUUCAUUUGUAAGUGUCCUGAAGUAUCAUCCUGAAGUAUCAUCCAUAGAAGUGGAAUUCUUGUUAAAAUUCUUUGAAAACAAAAAAUAUUUAAUAAUAAUAGAUAUCAAAAAAAGGAAUAUAUUUAUAAUUCUUAAAAAAGAUAUACAACCUGCUGAAAUACUGGAAGCAUACUUUUAUGCUUCAAUGUGUGGAUUUUACAUUUGUAUGGCAAAAGAAAUUCCAAUUGAUUUAUUGUUGAGAUCUGAAACAUCUGAGCCAUCAUACCCGUUGUUGAAUGUAUAUAUUUUUUAUAAAAAAUUUAUGGAUUUAAAUAGAAAUAUACAAUUAUCGAUUCCUGUCCAAAGUAUUUGUGCUACAGAUUCAAUUGUCUCUAAUGAAUAUAAAACAUUCCUUGAGAGUCUGGAUGUAAAUGGAUGGAAAACCAAAUCAAAUUUCUUGACAGUUGGCGCAUGGAGAUUUUCCGUGGGAGUUGAGGGAGAAUAAAGUCGAAAAUUUAUUAAAGAUAAUAAAAACUUUUUAAUAAUCAACUAUCUAAAAGGUAUAUUGUUUAUAUUAAAAUAAUAUUUCUUUUAUAUAAUACUGUAAUAAAAAAAUAUAAAAUAUGUGACAU